CACAUACUCUCUCUACUUACCACCCAGAUCACACUCAACAGAAGUGAUCGAUUUUCAAUUUUCCAGACAGAUUUAUUAUUUUUCCCCAAAACAUGCCUCUUUACAGAAUCACCAUCGGAUCUCCGGGGGAAGCCGCCCACCCCAAUACACUCAAAUCCGGCCUAUCAGAAUUCAUUUCCACCUUCAUUUUUGUGUUUGCCGGCUCAGGCUCCGGCAUGGCUUACGGUAAGCUGACGUAUGAUGCCCCAGCAACGCCGUCAGGCCUAGUGGCGGCUUCACUAUCCCAUGCUUUUGCCUUAUUUGUGGCGGUUUCUGUUGGUGCAAACAUUUCCGGCGGUCAUGUAAAUCCGGCCGUCACAUUUGGCUCCUUCAUUGGCGGGAAUAUCUCGUUUUUAAGCGCGAUUGUGUAUUGGAUCGGUCAAUUACUCGGAUCCCUUGUCGCCUGUUUGCUACUCCAGUAUGUCACCGGUGGAAUGGCAACACCGGCGUUUGGGCUAUCAUCAGAUGUUACAGUUGGAAACGCACUCGUGUUGGAGAUCGUGAUGACAUUCGGCCUAGUCUACACGGUGUAUGCCACCGCAGUGGAUCCCAAAAAGGGCAAUAUUGGAAUUAUUGCACCUUUGGCAAUUGCGUUCAUAGUGGGUGCAAAUAUUUUAGUUGGCGGUGCGUAUGAUGGUGCAUCAAUGAACCCGGCGGUAUGCUUUGGUCCGGCCGUGGUGAGCGGGGUGUGGAAAAAUCACUGGAUCUACUGGGUCGGCCCGUUUCUUGGUGCCACUAUUGCAGCACUUAUAUAUGAUAAUAUCUUUAUAGAUGAGCAUGAGGCGCUUCCGGUAACCGAUUAUUGAUUAUUUGGUUUAGUUUAUGAUUAUUAGUGAAAUUGAUUUUGUCAUUUUUGGAAAUUAGGCUAAGUUUUUUCAAUUGCUUUUAGGGGAUUAAAUAAGAUGUGUUGUUUUGUUUUGUUAUUUAUAUAGUAUGGUCUUGAUUAAUGGUAAUUCCGUUAUAAUUUCCAAAUUACAAUCCGUGGUUUAUUUCAUAAAACUGGUCAAAAUGUGAGAAAAGAUGCAUUUUUAUGGCAUGUGAGGAUGCUUAGAACACAAACCUCCGUUACCUUCAACUUCUUCCACAAACUUGUAGUGAAACUUCACCUUUUUUGAUUCUUUUUCUUUACCAAACGCCUGGCGCUUCGGGAUUCUUAUCAAACACCUGGCGUGCAUUCUCUGACUCACGUCUACAACUCGAGGUUCAGCACCGAAAACUUCCAACAUACGCUCCUUCAACAAUAUUGCGACUUCCUCCUCCUUAAAUCCUUCAAGUUUCACCAUCUUCAGCUUCCGCAAUUGCCCUUUUUGGACCUUGAUGGGCCUCUCAUUAUCACCGGCAGAGGGCGUCGAGUAGCUUCGUGGGUCAAUCUGCAAAUUCAUUGUGCCAUGUUAGAACCUUCGUGGAAGAACUGAUUGAUCGAUUAAACAUCGAUAUCAGCGCGAUUUACGACAAAAGAAGGCGGGAACUUACAGUUAUGAACAACCUCUUGAGAGAAGUGCAGAACUUCAAGAAACAAAACAACCAAUUGAUGUUAUGAUCUUCCAUACAAGAAUCAACCCACCACAAAUCUUCAAGUUUGCUGAAUCUAAAAUGUUCCUCGUUUUGCUUCGAAAACAACAAUGGUCCAAAUACGUCCUACAAGAAACCCACAAAUCAAAGACGAUUCAACUAUUUACAAGCCAAUACAAACUUACCUUGAACAUCCAUCCAUGGAGUGUAAGUACUUUAACAUCCCGAAUCGCUCGCAAGAGCGGAUUAUAAUGGUGGUGAUUCAAGUGGAUAAACCCCGGACAUUCAAAAUCUAACAUCACGUCUUCCAAGUACAUUACAUUCUUCAGAGAAAACCAGCACAGGGGUCCGCCAUAUCGAAGAGUUUUGAGCUCCAAAGUCUCGAUGAAAACCGACUUAAGAUCAACACAAUCUCGAACAAUUAAGUUCGUAAGCUUAGCAAGACCUUCAACCCUCAAAGACCUGAGUCCAUUACAUUUGUCGAUGAUCAAUGUCUCGACAUACCGAAAUUUGUUGAUCAGAGACGUAACCAAUUCGCAGCUUAAAUAAUUAACUGAAGUUAAUUUGAGGGUCUUGACAGAAAACGGAUAUGGAGAAGGCUGUGCAAAAUCCAAGGUGUUUAACACGAUUUCCCACCCAAAUUGCCUUGGGAAUUCUUGUUUUCCUUUGGAAAAAUCAAGAUUCAGUUUCUUGUUCAACCCGAUUGACGCUGUGAGGAUCGACCCUCGAUUGUAAUGAAAUUCAAGCUUUCUGGGUUUCUUUAAAGGAUUGUUUUCAUCGAAAUUAACAAGGAAACUACUAAUGAUCGAUUCAAAAUCUUGAAGUUUGACUGUUCUUCCUUUAUGUUGGAUGCAGGGUCUGUUCCAUAAACCUGUAAAGAUAGCUACGGCUUUUGAUCCAGAAUCCAAAGGGUAAAUUGAGAGAAUUUGAGCAAGAACUUCAUAUGGAGGAGCCUUGGCGAACAAGUGUUUGACCUGGUGAGGACGAUGACAAAUGUCUUCUUC